CUUGUCGGGUCUUUAUGAUCUUUGUUCCAUACUUUUUCUCCUUUUUAUCCUAUGAUUGUACGAAAAAAAUUCUUUUUCUAAGAAAGCUAUAUAUCUGCAAUUUCAUUGGAGUUUUAAUUUGCUACAUUAAAGUUCCUUAUCACUUUCCUCAUUCUUGCUUAUAACUUUCAUCAUUUUUGGUGAAUGCAGCAGUAGAGAAUAUUUAGUUGCAUAAAUCACAGCCCUGGAAAAUUUUCUUAGCAAGUAAACAUAAAGUAAUUAAAAGUUCAUAAUCCAAGAAGAAGAGAUACUGAGGGAAGAUGGCAAAUACGACAGACAAGAAAAAAGAGAAAAAAGAGAAAAAUGUUCCUGGUUUAGUGGAUUUGGUGUUUUCUUGGUCUUUAAAGGAUGUGUUGAACAAAGAUCUUUACAAAGACAAGGUUAAAGAAAUUCCAGAGACAUUUGAGUCGAUUGACCAUUACCUGCAGUCAUUCAUUACUCCACUUGUUGAAGAAACACGUGCUGAUUUGCUCUCAAAUUUGUCCAUAGUUUGGCGAGCCCCUGCACUCGAGGUUCUUGAUGUUAUAAUAUCAGAAGACUUUAAGCCUCCGAAAGGUUUAUAUUACGAUAUUUUGUUGAAAAGAACCAAAGAGGGAGAAGGAGAGAAAAGUGAAGCGAAAAACGAAUCGAAAUACGAGCCAGAGGUUGGUGAUCUGAUCGCGCUAACAAAUGUGAGACCAAGAAGAAUUGAGGAUUUGAACAGGCCUAAGAGAUCUUAUCUCAUUGCUAUUGUUCAAUGGAUGAAAAAGGAAUAUAUUGUUCAAGGGAAGAAAAAGAAAGUUAUUGUCCGAGGGAAGAAAAAGGAAGAUUCAGACUGGAUACCUAUCCUAUCUUCACAGCUUAUUCCGUUUCAGAAACCGGAUAGGGCAAAGGGUGAACAUGGCGACAAGCUUUUUAUCGUGUAUCUUUCUAAUUUAACAACGAAUAUUCGAAUAUGGAAUGCAUUGCAUUCAGACCUUGAAAAUGCAAAUUUGGAGAUCAUUAAGACCGUGUUGAAAAGUGAUCCGGAUAUUGGUGAAGUUGACUGCUCCCUUUGCUCCGUUAGAGAACCUAAAACUAAUGCUGCUUUAUCAAUUUCAAGAGCCAUUGCUCAGUCCUUUGAGCUAGACAAUGCUCAACAAGAGGCUGUUGUAAGUUGUAUUGCUACAAGAGAAUGUGCUCACCGGAAUAUGGUAAAGCUAAUUUGGGGUCCUCCCGGAACCGGGAAGACCAAAACAGUUGCCUCUUUACUUUAUGUCCUGUUACAGAUGAAAUGCAGAACUUUGACCUGUGCACCCACGAACAUUGCUGUGUUAGGAGUUACAAAGAGGCUGAUGCAGAAUGUAAAACACUUUCCACAAUAUGACACAUAUGGUUUAGGAGACAUCGUCUUAUUUGGUAAUGGGGAAAGAAUGAAGAUCGAAGAUCAUGAAGAUCUGUUCGAUGUAUUUCUUGACAACCGUGUUGCUGCUCUUGUUAGUUGCUUGUCUCCGUAUAAUGGUUGGAGAAUUGGUAUACAGUCUAUGACAUGUUUGCUUGAGGAUCCCAAAGAGCAAUAUCAUAAGUACUUAGAAAAGCAAAAGGAUAAGGACCAUGACAGUGAUGAUACAGAGGAUAUAGAUGAUGAGGAAGAGGAAGAAAAAGGAAGUGUUACUAGUCAAGUAUCUAUUUUGGGCGAAAAAGAUGGAAAGAUCAACGACCAAGGACUCAAAAAAAAUAGAAAGAGUAAGUUGUGGAAGAAAUUUGUCCUUGACACCUUAAAAGAGAACAAGAAGAACGAUAAACAAAAUUCUCAAAAGAGGAACAACUCGAAAGCAACUGACGAAGCGAACAAGGUCAAGAACAAAGGGGAGGCGAGCAACAAAGAAGCCGUUGUGUGGACAUUUGAGGAGUUUGUUAACAAAAGAUUCAAAUGGAUCCACAACAAGUUAAUAUUUUGCCUAACGAGCUUGUACACACAUCUACCUACUUCUUUCAUUUCACUGGAAGUAGCAAAGGAAAUGAUCAGACUACUUGAGAUGCUUCAAACCCUUGGAAAAUUGUAUGCUACUGUGGAACCAUCUGAAGGAUUAAGAGAAAUUCUACCGGGAUUAUUUACAAGGAAUAAGACAAGACUUUUUAAUAUUCGUGUGACGAAAACAAAAUGUAUAAAAGUAUUGAAAUUUCUUAACGAAAGUAUCUCUCUUCCAAAUUUCAUCGACGACGACCAAAUCCAAAGUUUUUGUCUGCAAGGUGCGUGCUUGAUUUUCUGCACGGCUUCUAGCGCCAUGAAGUUGCACACAGAAGGAAUGACGCCAAUGGAGAUGGUGGUAAUUGAUGAAGCCGCUCAACUGAAAGAAUGUGAAUCCACUAUUCCGUUACAACUCCCCGGUCUCCACUAUGCUAUACUCAUCGGAGAUGAGAAACAGUUGCCUGCAAUGGUUCAGAGCAAGAUCUGUGAGAAGGCUGAGUUCGGCAGGAGCUUAUUUGAAAGGCUAGUAAAUUUAGGACACAAAAAGCACCUUCUUAAUGUUCAAUAUAGGAUGCAUCCGAAAAUAAGUAUGUUCCCGAAUAGAGAGUUCUAUCAGAAGCAAAUCAUGGAUGGUCCUAAUGUGAAAGAAGCAAAAUAUGAGAAGAGAUUUCUUAAAGGAAGUAUGUUUGGCUCCUAUUCAUUCAUUAACGUAAGUAGUGGAAAUGAAGAGGUUGAUGACAAACACAGCACGAGAAAUAAGGCUGAAGCUUUCGUUGUAGCUGAGAUACUUGCCAACCUUCACCAAGAAUUCGUCUCUUCAAAACAAAAAGUCCGUGUUGGUUGCAUAUCUCCUUACAAGGCUCAAGUUUAUGCUAUUCAACAAAUUCUUGGCAAGACAUAUAGCACAAAUGUUAAGAGCGACUUCUCAGUGAAUGUACGCUCAGUUGAUGGUUUUCAAGGUGGUGAAGAGGAUGUGAUAAUUAUCUCUACUGUUCGUUGUAAUCUCAGGGGAUCAGUUGGUUUCCUCUCUAAUCUUCAGAGAGCUAAUGUAGCACUGACACGAGCAAGACACUGCCUUUGGAUAUUGGGAAAUGGCACAACUUUGGUUAACAGUGGUUCCAUAUGGAAGAAUUUAGUCAUUGACGCCAAGGCUCGUGGUUGUUACUUUGAUGUUACUGAAGACGAGCAAUUGAAGCAAGCAAUUUUGAAUGCGACUUGGCCAAUUGAUGGAAAUGUUGUCUCACGAACCAGCUCGGUUCAUGGUGACCGAGAAGACAACUUGGCACGUCAAUUGGGAGGGAUGAAUUUGAGAGAUAAGACGGGAUCUUCAAGAAGUUCCAAUAAUUUUCGGAGGUCCAACAUGAAGAAAGGACAAUUGUUUCGCGAAGUGAAACCAAAUCAACUUGCUGAUGAUUUUGUGGAACGAUAUAUGCGCAACAAGUGCAAAUAGGAGGCCUUAUUGCCUAACAAAGUUUUUUUGGGACAGUUUGUUGCUUGGAAAGCUAGGAUUCUUGGUACUAUUCACUGCCUUCAUCAAGUUAAUCCUGUAACUCUGGUGGUCCGAGAGAAAUGUAAUUAAUGGUUACAAUAUUGUUGAAAUGUAGCAACGGUUAAUGUGCAUGGUUUGUAAAUGGAACUUCUAUCCUUUAAAAUAUGUAGCUAAGACCUUAUAUAUGUAAAAUAAAAUACAACGUCUUGAAGGUCUUAAUAUUUGAUUGUGGCAUCAUCCUGAUCUUCAUGUUGUCCUGAUAUUCUGUAUACCAAAAUGUAAAGAUUCAUACAUAAGAAACAUGCUUCCUAGAAUUUUAAUGUGCAUAUUAUGUCAAUGGAUUUAAGUCUAUAUAGAUAAUGAUAUGACUUUUUUACA